CUGAUGUAAAUGCUGUAGACAACAGUGGACAGACCCCUUUGAGCGUAGUUUGUGAAACUGGAAGUCUUGGUUCUGUUGAUCAAGCUUCUUUGGGGUGUUUUUUACUAUCGAAAGGAGCGGAUCCUAACAUCGACUUUGCAUUGAAUCGGUGCAUGCGAACUAUUGAUUCUAAUGGUUUGAGUGCAGAAUGGAAAGCUUUCAUACAAUUCUUGAUACAAAAUGGAGCUGAUCCAAAUCUGUAUAGAGAUAACAAGCCGCCUAUUUUAAUGGCAAUUAAGUCAGGACACCAAGAUAUAGUAAAAGUACUUUUGGAAAAAGGAGCAAAUAUUCACUCGUGUGAUAGCGAUGAGAACACAUGUUUACAUUUAGCAUGCGACAUAAAGGAAGAGUCUUCAAAGAAUGAAAUAGCAUCACUUGUCCUUGAGCAUGGGUGCAGUGUAAACAAGCCAAAUAGAUAUGGAAUAAUACCAUUAUCAAAUCUUGUAAAAGGGAUGGUGGAGAAUACAGAAUCCAUGAAAAUUGAUCAGACAGAAACGAUGACUGUUGCAAAAAUUGACCUCUCAUUGUUUAAUAAAUUAAUUUGUGGUGGAGCUAAAAUGGAUCCUGCUACGCAAUCCACAUCGUUUAACUACUACAGGAAAUCGAUACUGGCUACCUUAUUGAAAAAAGGUUUCUUUGGGGCUGCGGUUACCUUACUAAAAUGUGGAUAUAACUGCAGUCUUGAUAAAGAUUUUAAAUCCAUGGACGUUUCUCAUUUGGAAAGUUCAACAAUUUUAGUAGAGGGGAAAAGGUACAAAAGAAUUGAUUACGAGGAACAGAAAAAUGAAUUUUUAAAUUUUCUGAAGACAUCUGAAGUAGAAGAAGAAUUAUCGCUGUCAUCUUUGUGCAGAAAUACUAUACGAUCACAUUUAGCUGAUGUUGGACAAGGAGCCGAGAUAGAAUCUAAGAUUAUGGUACUUCCUAUUCCUGAACGAAUUAAGACGUAUUUAUCUUUAAGGGAAGAUGUGCUAGACUUUGAACAAAUACAGAUAGAAGAAAAUAAAAGCAGUGCAAUGGGUGUGAAUAUACAGACACUCUUGGGUGACUACUAUGAUAUUUACAUGAACCCGUACGACACAGAUUACUCAGAUGUGGCAUAUUAUGGUAUGGAUGAUUCUGACAUUGACGAAUACAUCCAUUACUACAGAGACAGUGAUUCAGAUGACUAUUACUAUUAACCAGCAGUAUAAUAAAUAGAUAUGUUUUUAUAUCUUCAAAUAAUUUAGAUUUGUUGUCAUUGAAUGUCUUUCU